UUCUCGGGCACCGCUCAAUGACGCGCCUUUGGAUUUCACGAUGACGUCACAUUUGCCUAACAGAUGCUCACUCGACCCUGGUUUGGUUGUUUUGAGAGCAAUCCAGUGAAACACAGCUCGCUUUAUCAUAGCAACUACAAUACAUACCAUAGCUGUUACUGACAGAUAAAAUACAUACGAAAAUAACAGUAAUCUGUAUCUACUAAAAUGAAGCAGGCACAGAUAGUUGAUGACACAGAGGACGUCUCUCUCGAUUUCGGAGCUGAAGAAGAAGAGCGAGCGUUAAGAAAAACAAACAUAAGACACCCCAUGGCUGCCUUUUUCCACCUCUUUUUCCGAAUAAGUGCGAUUGUCACCUACCUCUUCUGCGACUGGUUCAGCACCAGCUUUGUGGGCUGCUUCCUAACCAUCAUCGUGCUGCUGUCCUGCGACUUCUGGUCAGUCAAAAACGUAACUGGCAGGCUGCUGGUGAGUCUGCGGUGGGGGAAUCAGAUAGAUGAGGAUGGAAGAAGCCAAUGGGUGUUUGAAGCAAAGAAGCCUUCCCCUCACAGCAGAAUCUCCACAACCGAAGUGGAGGCCCGGAUCUUCUGGCUGGGGCUCGUUCUCUGCCCUCUCAUCUGGACGCUCUUCUUUUUUACCACCCUGUUUUCUCUGAAGCUGAAAUGGCUGGCCCUGGUCAUCGCUGGAAUUGCCCUUCAAGCUGCUAACCUCUACGGGUUUGUCCGGUGCAAAGUGGGAGGACAGCCUGGUAUCCCCGCGCCGGCUGCUGCUUCAUCUCCACAGAGGCCAGACAUCAUAUUUGGAGAACUAUAGAUAAAAGACAAUCCGAAGAACGCUGUUUCCAACACAGAAACGCAUCAGUUUACUAAACUUUCUGUUCACUUCUACUGAAUGACCAACCCAGGCUGCUGUCCAGUCUGUUACCUUAACAACACAGCACCAGGAAAGACAACAAAAUGCCUACAAGAAAAAAGACA